AUGACAAAAUUUGAAAACCUCUGCUUUAGGGAUGAGCCAUUGGACCAGGCGACAGAAGAUUUAGGCUCUUACCAUGGAUCUGCCAUGGACCAACACUGUGACAGUGAGCAAAUGGCUCCCCCACUAGUCUGUGCCUCUGUUUUCUGCUCACUCUUUGUCCCCUUCGCUGUUAGGCUUAUAAGCAGAGACCGAAACAAGCCUUUUAGGUUCAAGAUCGGCCGACAAGAAGUCAUUAAAGGGUUUGAGGAAGGAGCUGCACAGAUGAGCUUAGGACAAAGAGCAAAGCUGACCUGUACGCCUGACAUGGCAUACGGAGCCACGGGCCAUCCUGGAGUCAUCCCUCCCAAUGCUACUCUCAUCUUCGACGUGGAGCUGCUCAGGCUAGAGUAAAGCUUUUCAUGGGAGUCAGGUGAAGACAACUGCUGAUAAUCAUCCAUUUCCCCUCUCCCCCUUCUCUACUGUAGAAGGAGGCCUCACUGGAAUCGCAAUCUUCCCUGCUUGAGCGGUCAUGCCAGUAGUACAUGCCCUUCGGUUGUUUAUUCCUUUCCCUCUUUUUUUAAAGUUGCUGUGUCCAGAUUUGUCUUUUAUUAGAAGCUUCUUUGCUCUGAGAAAACCUUCCACAGUUGUAACAUUUUUUAGUUGUACAUUUCAUUUAAUUUGCAUGUGAUUAAAAUUCAUGACGAUAAUUAUAUAUAUACAUAUAUAUAUAUAUAUAUUCCUUAUGGAAAAACCACUGCCUUACUGUCACUUAAACCAAGACAAACGAAAGGUGCUCAGAAUUCAAAUGUACAUUUUGUACAUGAAGGGGCAUUAGCCAAACAGAGUUACCUGCGCUGCCACUUUUUUCUCAACUUGUAUGUGCUUGCUCGCUGCUGUUUUAAACCAAUGUUGCAUUUGAAAAUUGAAAAAAAAUAUGUAUGGAAACAAUAAAAUCUUGAUACUUUACA